GCCCAAGAUGGCAGCGGCCGCGCAGCUUCUCAGUUGGGAUAUUCCACCCCAAAAUGGUUGUGACGUGUAUUUUUCGCGGGAUAUAUAUGAAAAAUACUCACUGACUCCAAGCCUUUCUGAGUUGCUGUUGAAAAGGCCUGUUGAAGAUGUAUCCAACUCUGGACAAGGAAAUAAGACUUCUAGUGAAGAGGCUGCAGUAAAAUCAGACAGAGUGAUAGUUAAGCCUUCAGCAGAGAAUGCACCUUUUCAAGACCACAGAGUCGCCUAUACUUAUUUUUCUAGUUUGACUGCAAAAGAGCAGAGGAGAUACUUAUUUUUGUUGUCUACAUACUUAAAUGCCGAUCCCAACUUGAUAGAUCUGUCUGAGCAAAAAGAUUAUUCACAGUAUCUGCAAAUGAAAGAAUUUCUGAGCAAGGAAGUUGCAGAGUUCUUGAAGUUUGCCCAAAAUGCUGCCCGAAGUUGUACUAAAGACUAUGAUGGCAUCUCUGAGGAGGCGUUGCUUUAUACCAAGAAAUUUUUAACCUGUCGUAUUGGUUACGUGAAGAAAUAUCCCGAAUGUUACACCCUGCAUGAAGUUACCAGCAUCAUGGGAGGAAAGUUUAGCACAGAACUGACAUUAAAAUUUGAAAGAAGCCUUCUUGCUUUGGGAAAGGUGAACCUCAUUAAACGAUACUUUCCAAAACUGCCUGCAUCAAUACAGUUACCGGUUAAUAGUAGGAAAAAUGAAUCGGGCAGUGUAACUCCAGAGCAGAGAGCCUCGAUGCUGCACAACGAUGUUAGUACUGAUCCAAAUGCUGAAAAACUUGCAGUGAAAUACUGUCCUCAGGUGGUGCUAACAAGCGAAUCAUUAUUCACCUUGUUGAACAAUCAUGGCCUAGAUUACCGGCAACAGUGGGAACUUCCCAUUUCUGUGAAAAUCUUUUCUGUUGAAGGUCUCAAACCAGUUAAGGUCGUCUUUGUUGAUCCCCCUCUCCCAAAGAAAGAGAUGACAGUGAGAGAAAAGAACCAGGUUUUUCACGAAUUCCUGGCAGACUUUCACAUGACUAAACAGUCCUAUGUUUUGGCGCAUGCUGCAAUACUGGACAAGCCACCUGAAGAAUCUUUGGAGACAGCUCUUGAAAUUUGCCAGGGUAGACAGAUGCAGGUAUCUGAUUCUGUGGAUCUCGACUUCGACACCGACGUCACAGAACUAGAAACCUUUGGCUCAUCAUAUAAGUUUUUGAAUGCUUCUGAACCAGAGAGAACUUCUGCAAAACUUGCCAGUUCAUCUAAAACCUUAUCAGAGCACCUGAAAAUGGAAAAAGAGUCAGUGUGGGAUGUGAGCAGGGGUGUUGGAGAAGAAAAUGGUAAAGCCAGUGAGCAGAGGCAGAAUUUUAAUAAGACGCCGCCAUUAAGUGGAGUCUUGGGUUUGGAUUGCAAGAAAAAUUCAUCCGUCCAGGAUUUUAAGUCAGUGGACAUGGAAGCAGAUGGCAGAGAAGAAAAUCUGGACAAGAUCUUACUCGGUUCUUCAGAUAAAAACAAUAACUUUAAGGAAGGAACUGAUGUUGCCCAAGAUGACAAGUCAGCUGUUCUGUCACACUGUAGUGACAACGACGAGGAGUCUUUGAUAAUUGACACCGAAUGUAAAAAUACUGAUAACUUUGAACCAGGUGUGAUCGCUUCUGAUCAAGGCCCCCAAGCCGAUGCUCCUGAGUCUCCUUGCUCUAGGCAUGCCCUGUCAGGAAAACUGGCUGAUCCUUCAGAGAUUCCAGGCCAAGAAAUGAAUGUUUCCCCCAAAUCAUGUCAACGAUUAUCUAAAAAACUUGAUCCUGUCGGGCAGAUUUUGAAAAUGCAAACUGAACUCCUUAAGACACCAUCUCCAAAGCGUCCUGGACAGCCACAGAUGCGCUCUGUAAGAAGUUUGAGCCCUAAAGCAAGCCAGGAAUAUCCACAGCCGAAAACCUCGGUACCUUCCACUCUGGAGCCCAGACAAAGCACCUGUGCAGAUAGCAGUGGCUUAUUCAAGUUCACCUGGACAACAAACUUCCAGGGAUCUCAAAAAGGGGUGCUUUGGGACGCAGCCGAAGAUCGUUCAGAAUACGCAUCCCCUCAGCAGGGCAAUCUCGUCUACAAGCUGUUCAGGCUGAAUGACACGCUGCUGCUGGUGCGCUGCCCUGUGCAGAAAGCAGAACUGAAGCCACGCAAUAAGAAAGCUAAAGUCAAGCGACACUUUCCAGUUUACGUAUUGCCAAAGUUAGAAUAUCAAGCCAUCUAUGGAGCAGAAGCAUUAACUGAAGGUGAAAUAUGUAGACUGUGGACAGAGAGCUUGUUACAUUCCAACAGUUCAUUUGCAGUUGGUCAUAUCGAUGCCCUUACUUCAAAACUCUUUCUGCUUGAGCAGCUAUCUGCAGAAGGCUUGAAGAAGAGAUUUGGCACAUUUAAGCCAGCAAAUUCAUUGAACAUUCUCCAACAUAUCUUGAAGAAAGUGACAGGUUUGCCUGAGGGCUCUUACCUCUUGGCUCAUGCAGCCGGAGACUCGUCCGUUACAGUCUAUAAGAGCUCUCAUGGAAAAGCCACCAGAGCGAUGUACAACUUGCAUGCAGCGCACGCUGACCUGCCGAGCGAACCUUCUGCCCUAUCCGUUCCGUGGGUCCCGCUGGAUCCCAACGUCCCUCUACCGGAUCACUUUGCUCAAGGCCGCGUCCCGUGCACUUUCCCUCCAAAGCCGGCGGACACCAUGAAGAAUCAGAAGAUGAGUGGGACAAAAGCAUACACAGACACACCCAACCGCAGAGAGCAAGUUUCCAUGGAAACAAACAAGGAUCCCUUGCCAACUCAUCCAUUUCGAAAGAGACACGGUGGGGCUGUUCAGAACAAGGCAGUGAUGAGAAAUAUCUACAGACAGGCAAAUCGGGGGCCAAACUGGCAAUUCUGGAAAAAAGCAAACAUGGACAAGGAUGAAAUGACUUAGUCAUGUGGAGGAAAUACAGAUCUCAGGGCAGAAAACAUUUUUUUUAGAAAUGUUUAGCAACUGAAGAAUGUGACGCCUUGGAGAGAACGCCAGGCUGGACGGAACUGCAGGCCCAUGCAGGGGAAUCUUACUCUGAAACCUUCUAAACUUUUUCUGUAGUUAGACGGUUUUGUCAAGGAACGCUUCUUACAUGGCAAGAAUUACCUGUUUGUAAUAAUCUGCUUUUACUGAGCCAAGUUGCACUGAAUGAAUGUAAGCAAAUUUUCUGAACAUCAAA